AUGCCUCAGACCGUCAUCGCGUUCGACCUCUUCGGUACGAUUCUGUCGACCGACUCGAUUGCUCAGAAACUGGGAGAGAUAUAUGGAAAAGACGAUGCUACUCGUAUCGCUACCGAGGCCAGGCGGCUGCAGCUGGAAUACACAUGGCGCUGCGUCAGCAUGGGCACUUACAAGCCUUUUGACCAGUUGACGCGAUUUUCAUUCCGUCAGGCCGUCCACCAGAUCAUUGGAAAAGAAUUGAGCUCAGAGCACGAAGAAGCCAUCAUGGACGCGUACAACCAUCUCAGCGCCUACCCAGAAGUGGACUCUGCUCUUUCGUCGCUGUCUUCGCAUCCUGAAAUUGAUGCGUAUAUCUUCUCGAAUGGCACCCAGCAGAUGCUCACAUCGGCCUUGUCCUCGUGGUCCAUCUUCCCGCCCGAGAAGGUCAUCUCGGUCGACAUUGACGCGCUCAAGACCUUCAAGCCUGCUCCCAAGGUCUACGAGUACGUCGCAACGGUCACGGGAAUGCAGCACACGCCCGAGCGAGCGUGGCUCGUCAGUUCAAACCCGUUUGACGUGCUAGGUGCCGUGUCGAAUGGGAUGAGAGCGUGCUGGGUUGACAGGACGGGGCAAGGUUGGAGGGACGGAUUGUCGCAUGGUCUGGGCAAGGAGCCGACCCUGGUUGUCAGGGGCGUCGACGAGGCCGUGACAAGGAUUAUGCAGGCACAGUGA